GUUCUGUUAACAUCAGCAGAAGUUGUUUUGUCUGCAUUGCCAUCUCCAUUACUCACUGAAGCAAAAAUGCUUAGGGACAGAGCUAUGAGUCAUUACCAAGCACACAGUUUGUUUGGAGGCAGCCACAGGCUUCAUGGUCAUAGAAAUGGUCUGGGAUUUGACAGACAGAAGUUAUGGAAGAAAGGAGCUUAUGUCUUUCCUCAAACGUAGAAAGUACAAAGAGAUGGUGCUGUCUUCUCUGAAAAAGAAGCGCCUUAGACUCUCUCCACUCGAACUGAGGUUUCAUCUCAGAGAUUCGCUAGGAUCCGGCCACCUCAAAACUAUCGAGGCACCCGCAGGUUUGCUUGUUAAGGUUGGAGCAGAAGUGGAUUGAAAUUUCAGUUGACACAUUCCAAAUGUUUCACAUGUUAUUCAGUUACAUAAAUGUACUUAUGGAGAUCAAUAAUCGAAACAUCUCAACCUAGAGGUUGAUAGAAAUCGAAGUAUCCGAAAGAUUUUAUCGUCUUCACAACUUAUGCCUCGCUUUCAUAAAGGAAAACAAGGUUCUGUAGAACACAUCUUCAUUUUUAUUAAUGAUCGCCAGCAACUUGAUCAUACUGGUUUUAUUUGUUCCAAAACUCGAUCUUGUGAAUUGAUUGAUGGCUCACGGGCAAAUGGUGACAGAAAUGGUAACCCUUAUUCGUCAAGAUCUGCACCUCACAACUCCAUCCUGUGUUCCGCAAUCUCGAAUGAAAUCAUCUAUAGUUGGCCUGCGUUUAAGCUUCAUAAAGAUGGAAGAGGACAUGGUACUUUAGCUGGAGCGGAUGUGAACAUUCGCCUUGGACCCUUCAAAGGUUGUAAGAGGCGUGUUCGUAAUAUCAAAGGAACUUCAGUCUUUGUUGAACUGAAAGUGCGGAUGAAAGUUGUCCCAGUGACCGACCAAUCUAUAACUUCUGGAUUGAUAGAUAUUAACUUGGCUGCUGAGAUGAUGGAUCCAGCUUUGCCGCCAAAUCCCAAGGAGGCUGUUCUUUACCGUCCUGUUCCACUCUUGACUUCUGUCGUUGCUACGACGUGCGAGGAGCUCUCUCCUGAGUGUGGUAUUAUUAUAUAUUUCUGCAUCAGGAAAUACAGUUCAGAGUACCUCGUCGCACACAGAGAGCUCUUCAAGUUCUAGAAAAUCUUCAAAGAAUAGCACUCUCUCUCGUCAUGAAAAUUAUAUUAACACCAAUGGAGAUACAAGUCAAUAUUUCGAGAAUUGUUUGUGUGUAGGUCCUAGCAGAAGUGGAAGUAGAGGAAGAACUUGAUUUAUGUGUAGUUCAUAAAAUGGUUCAUGAUUCAAAUUGUUCUAAAUCUAACUGCAUGAUUUUUACUAUUUGGAUUUUUGCAGGUUUAAAUAAUCUCUAUCCAUGCGAUCUACUUCCUUUCACAUGAAGACCUCUCUUCCUAAUAAUUGAUAGCGACAAAGCAAUGCAUUCAAAGUAGGUUUGUCAAAACUGACUCAUUGAAUCAUGAUGACCUAUCCCUUAGUAAAACACAGAUUCCAAAGUGUUUGGGAUUCGACUUGUCUAGAAACUGUGUAAGGCUUUUGAGAGAAAAUGAUGAGAUAUUUUAGUUAUCAACAUUGUCCGUGAAAGACACAGUUUGAGAUGCAAUUCGUGACAAAUCAUCUAGGUAUACACUGACAAACUCGGUUACAGCCAUUUUUGUUAGAUAGAAGAGUAUAUGAAGUUGACCAUAGUAAAACAAGAAAAUAAAAAAUACAUUACAGGAAAGUCAACUUUCAUAGAAGAGAAGCAAAUGAAAGACUUCCAUAGUAAAGUUACGUACAAUUGAUAUACAUUUUGGGUGGAAAUUGAUCUUAUUUUUGUGUUAUUAUUUUCAGGUCUUAUUUUCAUUUCACUGUCCUGACAGGAUUGCAUCAGGGAUCUACUCUUAGUCCCUUUUUGUUUGCGUUGGUGAUGGAUGUGUUGACGCGACGCAUUCAAGGGGAGGUGCCGUGGUGUAUGCUUUUUGCAGACGAUGUAGUUCUGAUAGAUGAGACUCGAGGGGGUGUGAAUGACAAAUUAGAGGUGUGGAGGCAAACUCUUGAGUCUAAAGGGUUCAGGGUGAGCAGAAGUAAGACGGAGUAUGUGGAAUGCAAGUUUAAUGACGUGAGACGGGAGAAUGAGUUAGUAGUGAAGCUGGAAGCACAGGAGGUAUGUAAGAGGGAUAAGUUCAAGUAUCUUGGGUCCGUGAUCCAGAGUAACGGUGAGAUUGACGAGGAUGUCUCGCACCGUAUUGGGGCGGGAUGGAUGAAGUGGAAACUCGCGUCGGGGGUGCUGUGUGAUAAGAAGGUGCCGCCCAAGCUUAAAGGCAAAUUCUAUAGGGUGGUAGUCCGUCCGGCCUUGUUGUAUGGAGCGGAGUGUUGGCCAGUUAAGAACUCCCAUAUCAAAAAAUGAAGGUGGUAGAGAUGCGGAUGUUGCGCUGGAUGUGUGGACUGACUAGAGGGGAUAGAGUUCGGAAUGAGACUAUCCGGGAGAAGGUUGGUGUGACUUCAGUGGAGUGCAAGAUGCGGGAAGCAAGAUUGAGAUGAUUCGGACACGUGAAGAGGAGGGGCAUGGAUGCCCCGGUCCGUAGGUGUGAGAGGCUAGCGUUGGAUGGUUUUAGGCGGGGUAGGGGUAGGCCGAAGAAGUACUGGGGUGAGGUGAUUAGGCGGAACAUGGAACAGUUACAGCUCACCGAGGACAUGACCCUAGAUAGGAAGGUCUGGAGGGCGCGAGUUUCGGCAGAGGAUUAGGGCUAGUUUGGGUCGCUAGUGUAGGGAACUACUUAGUGGGGGUGUUAUUCCUGUUAUGAUUCCGUGUUCCGUGUUCCAUGUUUUAUUACGAAUCUGUGUGCUUUCAUCUGUUUUAUAUUACUUAUGGGUGUCGUAUUUAUGUUAUGUAAUCUGUUUCUGUGCUUUACUAUGUGUUUGUGUGGUAUCUCGUGCCUUGAGCCGGGGGUCUAUCGGAAACAACCUUUCUACUUCAUCAGAGGUAGAGGUAUGGACUGCGUACAUCUUAACCCCCCAGACCCCACUAGGUGGGAAUACACUGGGUUUGUUGUUGUUGUUGUUGUUCUACUUGACUAAUCGUCUUCUACACAAAAUGAAGGAAACUGCAAAAUCUACUGGUAUUCAGGAUAGAAUUGUGAACUUGUCAUCAGUAGCUCAUGGAUGCUCUUAUAAAGGAGGAACAAAUUUCACAAGAUCAAUAAUAAGAGCAGGGACUGGACAAGAUCAGUUCCCUCGCACUCACUGACAAGGAAAUUCUUGGUGAAGGUGAUAAUACUAAGCUCGAGAUUCAGAUUAAACUCGAUAAAGAAAACAAAAUACUUUCCAUUCGUGACAGAGGUGUUGGUAUGAUUAAGGAAGAUCUAAGAAAGAAUUUGAGAACCAUAGCUAAAUCUGAAACUUUAUGAGAUUUCUACCAUAACAUUCAAGAGAGAUUUGUUUCCUUUAUAGAUUUCUUAAGUUGAAGAGAAAUUUGUUUCUUUUAUAGAUUUCUAAUAGUCAAAAGAAAUUCGUUUCCUUAUAAAUUUGUAACAUUCAAGAGAAAUUUCUUUUAUAUAUGAAAGAAUAUUGUGGGUGCGUA